CAGAAACAUGCCAACGACUGCUACCGUCAGUCAGUCGGUUAAAAUCGAUGGUAGCAGUGAGUGAAGGGGAUACAUCACGACACGAUCCCUCAAGCUCUACGUCAGUUCCGGUACGUUACCGUAACCCGAACUUUCCAACACGUUACGAAUUAGUGAAUCGAAAAGUGCUUUGGAAUAGAAAUUUAUUAACAGAUUUUUAAUUCUCAUUUUUAACAAAAAAAAAACAAGCAAUGUUUUGUUCACCAAAAACGUUAUCACCAAACAGGCUCUUGUUAAAUAGAAGGGGAAGAACGAGAGUUUCCUUUUACUUCUGAACUAAUUAAAGUGUUAAAGCGAUUUUGUGAGAAAGUGAAGGAGAUUUGGAUACAUUGCUAUGAAGUCGUUGUUAGAAUGUUACCUCUUAAUGUUCGUACUGCUAGUACUUGCCAUGUUAGAUGACAAAUGUACCGGAAACACGUGCCCCUUGUCGUGUAUAUGCAAAUGGAAGGGCGGGAAGCAGACCGUGGAAUGUAAAGAUCGCGGAAUGAUUACUUUGCCGGAAGGCGUCGACUCCGAGACACAAGUGCUCGACGUUUCCGGUAAUAAUUUUCAAAUACUUCCUCGGGAAAAGUUCAUCAGCGUAGGGCUAAUUAACUUGCAACGGAUUUUCUUGCUCAACUGCCGAAUAGGGAAAAUCAACGAGGCAGCCUUCAAAGGUUUAACCAACCUCAUAGAAUUGGAUCUCUCCCAUAAUCUUCUAACGUCGAUUCCAUCGGAUACGUUCCAGUACAUACCGUCAUUGCGGGAUCUGGUCCUUGCAAACAAUCCCAUACAGAAAAUCGACCCCAAAGCCUUCAAAUACAUACCGGGAUUAAUAAAAUUGGAUCUAUCCCAUUGCGAAAUACAAAUGAUCGCACCCAACGCUUUCGAAGGGAUCGAAUUGCUCGAGUCUUUGAAAUUAAACGGGAACAGGCUGUCAGAAUUGAGACCUCGUACAAUAGAAACCUUGAGACAUUUGCACGCUGUUGAAUUGCAAGACAAUCCAUGGAAUUGCGAUUGUCGAUUAAGACCCGUUAAGGAAUGGCUUACCCUCAAUAACAUUCCCAUUAUCGUUGCUCCUGUGUGCAGCGGCGGCCCUGAAAGAGUGAUACAAAGUAAAUUCACAGAUUUACAUUUCGAUGACUUCGCAUGCAAACCGGAUAUGCUUCCAGUUAAUCGGGACGUUGAUGUAAAUACAAACGACAAUAUAACUCUCGUGUGUCGAGCUAGCGCAGUUCCUGCACCGCACAUAAGCUGGUACUGGAACGGACGCUUGCUAGUUAACAAUUCCGCGUUUAGUCCGAAUCAGAAGAUUUUCAUAUUCGAAGAGGGCAAUUACGAAAAAAGGAGCACCUUCCUCUUGACUAACGCACAAGAAUCGAAUUCGAACGAUUUUUACUGCGUCGCCGAGAAUCGGGCCGGAAGCGGCGAAACAAACUUUACGGUUCACGUAUCCUUGCACGCGGCCAGUAUGAUAAUAUUCGGCAAUAGUCACAUUGCAGGAUUAAGUGCAAUUUUAGUGGCGAUUAUCCUGAUCGUUCUUAUGGUGAUUCUAGUUUUACUGGUUCGCGUAAAAAAUCAGCAGUUCUCUGAAAGUAAAACACCGAACAGUGUCGAAACGGUGGUUAACAGUUCGAUAUCCAGCGGGAAAACUACGGUUUCGUUGACAGCUGCUAGAUGUAACCAGGCGACAUCAGAAUCCCGAAAAGUUCCGAGUGAUUUAAGCUUUUGCAAUCCUAUACAGAAACCACCACGGCUCACUGAUUUCCCAAACUCACCCUCGCAAUAUGCCGUUAAUGGGAGCAUUUUUAAUUCGGCUUCGUGCUUCGUGUCACCCUCGUCGGGAUCCGGGAAUAAUCCAGACCUCAUUAACGACACCAGACUGUUGGAAAAUGUCAUAGACAUUUCCACUUCAACCGAACAGACUUAUGAAAUUGAAACGCUUGAACGGCCAGGUAGCGGGGACUAUAGCAGGAACUCCGAGUCCCUCUAUCCCUCUGGAUUAUGGUCGGGGUCUAAUGACAGCGCUGCAGGGGAAAAUCUCACAGCCGAUGGAGCGUUCACUUACAAUGUCAGGAUGCCGAUUAUAAACGAGAAAGUUAACGCUGGUGCUGAUUAUAAUUUUUCUGAAGUCACUCCCGACUAUCCCCCCGACUACGGUCUACCGAUUCCCGAAAAUAAUUCUGGUGGUUUGACUUCUGCGAGCAAUAUAAAUCUUCCUACGAACGCAAAAACUCUAAGAGUGUGGCAAAAAGGGGCUGUUCCCGUUCUGCCCCCGGUCACUGCCAUAAAAAGGGCUUUAACUCAGAGUCGUAAUUCUCCCGAUGAAGGUUACCAAGAAGGUUGCGGAACUGAUGUGUAAUUUUUUGCCUUAUUAAAAAAACGUUGAUUCUGCAACUCAUGUUAAUUUAUACGUACCUUCAGGACUUUUUAUUACAAAGAUGACUGUCUCUGUUAUACAUGGACGAUUUCGAACAUUACUUUUGUACUAAAUAUUCCAGGAUCAUUUGUAUAUUUCCAAGUAAUUAGAAAAAUAAGCGAAUUGCUUUAAGCAUUAAAUCACAUAAGAAUUUGAUAUUGUCUAACUAAUGUUUAUCAGUCGCUUUUAUAACAAAAGACAAACUGAGAGACCUAUGUCACUUUAAAAAACGACAAACUUUCCUUACUGUCUUUUUCGUGUCCAAAAUUACAAGUAUGCAUAUUACUUCAAAAAAAUAACGAAGUAAUUGAUAUUUUCGAACAUAAAAUCUCUUGGAUAUUUAACAUUGCAAUGUUAUUGAAUCAGAUUUUCCAAACUAAAAAUGUCGAGGUUUGUCGAUUAGAAAUGACAUUUGCAGAAUCUUUUUUGUUUAUUCUACCAAAGAAAAUUGUUCCUAAAAUUAAUAUAAAAAAAAGAAAACAUAAAAAAAUGUUAUCAACCUUCGGUGUAUUCAGAUAUUAUACAUAUAUUACAUAAAUUGCUCAAAGAUGAACUGUAUUUGUGUUGCAAGUUGCAAUAAUACGUGUGUGUAUCGGAGCUGUGAAAUUCGUGAAAAUAAAGAUGUUUACGAUUUUGAAAAAUUAACUGUAAAUGUAUUAUAGCAACAACCAUAUUGAUUGAUGUAUAUUUAUGUAAAUGGUAAUUUUAUAAGACUGAAACUGUAAAAGGAUAGAAAUAGAUGUCAUAAACGGUC